UCCCUUUCUUCUUUUUGCUUUGCAGAUGAGCGAGGGCAGGCGGACGCAAGUGGUCCUCUUGGAUGACCGGAGAGUGGAAUUAAUGGUGCAGCCAAAGCUGCUCUCUGGUGAUCUUCUCGACCUUGUUGCAUCUUACUUUAAUCUCAAAGAAAAGGAUUACUUCGGUUUGGCAUUCCUGGAUGAAACAAAUCACUUCAACUGGCUCCAGCUGGAGAAGAGGGUCCUCGAUCAUGACUUUCCAUCCAAAUCAGGUAUCCUUACCCUAUACUUCAGGGUGCAGUUCUUCAUGGAAAGCAUCAACCAACUCAGGGACAGUAUUACUAUUGAACUAUUCUACCUGCAGGCCAAAGAAUCAGUAUUCAAGGGUGAUAUAGAGGCAGACAGCGAGACUGUGUUUGAACUGGGGGCAUAUGUUUUACAAGCAACAGAAGGAGAUUAUACAAGUGACCAAAAGGCUCACAAGGUCUUGAAGAAACUACCUGUUCUGCCUCAGUUUACGCUCCGGGAACAUCCGUCUCUUGCCUAUUGCGAAGAAAGGAUUCUCUUCUACUACAAAAGACUAGGAGGACUUAGCUCAGGCCAGUGUAUUGUAUGUUACAUGCAGUUGGUUGAGGGGCUGCCGACCUACGGAGUUCAUUACUACGAAGUGAAAGAUAAGCAAGGCAUUCCGUGGUGGUUGGGUCUCAGUUUCAAGGGAGUAUGCCAGUACGACCAGGUCGAUAAAGUCACUCCGAGGAAGAUCUUCCAGUGGAGGCAGUUACAGAACAUUUACUACAGGGACAGGAAGUUCUCAAUAGAAGUCACUGACCCAAGAAGAGUGGUGCAUACGCUGAGCAGUUUCAACCUUUAUCGCGACGCGCUGGAAGAACCGGAAGAAUGUUUUGACGAUCUGUCGGACGCUAUUUCUGAUCCCACAACUCAAGUAUCAGUUAGUAGACGGACGUUCGGUGUGAGUAACGCCACAGUCCACGCCUGGUACGGACACCCGACCCUCAUCCGUUCUAUGUGGACCAUGGCGGUCAACCAGCAUCAGUUCUACUUAGAUCGCAAGCACAACAAGGAUCGCUAUGCGUCUAUGCAGCGUAGCUUCACCCAGAUCGCCAAUGACCUCACCAAGAGUACAAACUCCUUGACGUCUUCUCAAACCUCGGAGGUCAGCAGCGACCCAGGUCAGCCCCAGCAGACACCUGGCAAGACGGUGGACGAUGAGUCUUCGGAGAUUAACGCCGUCAAAGAGAAGGAGAAGGAAAAUACCUCCAGAGAGCUAUUAGCCAUAGAGGGAGAGGCAGCCAAGAAGGAGAUCGUGGUGGCGCUAAAGGCGAGAAAAUCCGUUCUGGAAGACAGGCUUCGAGAGAAACUGGAGGAACUCAAGAAGAUAUGCGUCAAUGAAGCAGAGCUGACAGGUGAACUGCCCCUGGAGUACCCACGCCGGCCAGGUGAACAGCUGCCUCGGAUCAAGAAGCGUGUAGCCACUGCCUUCACUCUCUCUGCCAAGGUUGUCAACGCUGGAGACAAAUCAGGCUCACAGGAGACCCAGAGUCUGAAUCAACUGGAGAGUGAGAUGGAGAUCCAGUCUAAGAUCACUAUCGCUGCCAGGAAACUAGCCGAUGAUCCAACCAUCAGCAAGAAGGUUCGCAAGACAAGGAGAGAGUCUUACAAACGCUCUGCCAAAAAGUUGGACUCCAUUGAGAAAAAGCUGGUUGAUAUGAAGCAGAGUUUAGGCCUCCUACCUCAGGACCAAACACCAAUUGAUGAUAGAGUCCAUCAGUCAAACACAUUACCAAGGAAAAAGAGCGUACCUUCUACCCCUCCAUUGCUACGUCCAUUCACCAUUGGGGAUCGCGGUCGCAGCAAGAAGAAAGAGGACAAGUCAAGUCGUUUGCGGUCCAAGAGCGUUCCGAGGCAGUUGUUCGAGAACGCCUGGAGAUCGCCUUCCCUGGGCAGGAGGAAGGACAAGAUCCCGCCUCGUCCCACGACACCGAUUGAAAUUUACAAUGACAAUGAGAAUGGAAACGUGUUGAAUCCUGAGAAUGGACAGAGGGUGCAUCAGAACCAUAGUCAGCAUCCUCAGUCCCAUCAACAGUCUCGGACUGUUUAUUAUGAAACGUCCCUGCAGUCAAUGGCCACUUUGGACAUCAACCAUCAUAGUGACUCGGGAUCUUUCCGAGAUGAUAGUAGCACGUACUCGGACGGCAGCACCCGUAGCCAGCCGGAGGGUUACAUGACCCAUCCCAGGACUAGUGUAGACCAUGGCAGUCGGUUGGCCCAAAAUAGACAGUCAAAUUUCUCAUCAUCGAUGGGGGACGUGACUGCAGCAGUACCACCUGUUAAAUCUCAUCAAAGUAGUAGGACAUCGCCUCGCAGAGGCAAGCCCCCGAUACAAAAGCGAAUAGACAGGGGGCCACCGCCGCCUUACAAUUCCCCAGGAAAGAUGAGGUCAUAUUCGCAGUCUGGACGAUAUUAUGAAUCUCCUGAGGACACGUUAGGACGUGCGGACAUUGACGCACCAAAGUUGCGACAGCAUGCGUCAUCCAUGCAUGAUUUACAGUAUGCCUUACAGGGAAACAACCUGCCUCCAGUGAGCGAUGAUGAUUUGGAAUAUCACCAGCAGCCAACAUCUCUCAGUCAACCCCCUUCUCCUAAGAAACAUGCCUCAUUGGGUAAUUUAGCGAUGAAGUCAAACAGUUUGCCCGGCAGUGAUUACGAGGAUCAGCAGUUGGUGAAUUAUGGCUCGCACCGAAGCCAAAAGUAUCGUUCCCAGCAGUACCAGAAAUACUCCGGACAGUCUCAAGACUCAGGGCUUCGUCACAGAGACCCAUCAGGUAGUUAUUAUGCUCAAAAGAACUCUUCAAAUAGGAUGCGUAAUGGUUCUGGUGAUAACCAUCAAGCGUAUAAUCGGAAUUAUGCCAGUCUUGACAGACUCGGCAGAACGCGUCAGGAUCGCGAGCACAGACCAUCAGUAGAUACCACUGACUCUACGUAUUAUAGCCUUGAUCGACGAGGCCAUCACUAUAUCGAAGACACCCAGAUUUCUAAUGACUCUAGCUAUGCUAGUUUAGACCGACCCAUGCACAAACCUCCUCUACCGUCCAACAGCAUAGACGACGUCUCCAUGGCGUCGGCGUCACGACGACGGCACAACUCCUUCUCUUCUCAACGCUCCACCAGCAGCUAUUCUUCCCAAGGAUCCUCCAACCUGUCCAACCACCAGGGACAGCAUCCCCGCACCCCUCUGCACCAGACAUCCAGCGGGAGCAGUAGACAAUCGGAAUACUCCAUCUACACCUCCCUGGCUUCUCUCUCCCCGUCUAAUUCCUUCUCCAGUAACGGAGCCGGUACCUCCUCCCACAACAGCACCUAUAGCGAACCUCAGGCUGCCUCUAUGUACACCACCUCCACACCCGUCCACCUCCAACCCAAGGUCCAACAAACCUACGGGACCAACAUAGCAAUCAGCAAGGCCCAUUACACACCUGCACAACCAAUGACGUGUGAGCCGGUAUCCAGAUCAAACAGGCCCUCACAAACUAGUAACAGCCUUUCUGAGGAUACUGACUCUAGCCUUCAUUCCUUCACUACCACUCUUAUAGAAGGCAGUCCCGUCCCGUCGCUAUGGAUGCAUGAUGACUCCUCCUCACAGUGCCCUACAGAUAGGAACUUACCCCGGUCCUACACCCCCUGUAUAGAAGAUGGUUCUUACCAAGGUGAUGCGGGAGAAUCGUUGGCCGAUGGCUUCAGCGAGGAGAUGCUGUCUUGGCUUGAUGAUAAUGAUGGUGCUCAAAAAGAAGGCACACUAGUAUGAUGAUAUGUUAUGGCUUGACGGAGGUAUCAUCGAGUUAGAUUUAGAUAAGCGAUCAAUAAAUACCAUCACCCGGUCAAGCCAAGCCACCGUCUUGCCUCAUAUUCUCUAACAUUCCAUCAUGACGAUUGACAGCUAGCCGUUAUAGAGCAGGGACCAUCUCCAUGGAUUCUCUUAGCACCUGUUACCGUUGCUGCAAUAUGAUUUCCAUAGAAAUCAUCUUCUAUCAUGUGAGGUGCUAUUUAUUUCAGUGUUGUUUCAGCACCAAGGGUACAUUGGGUGAUUUCAAGUGCAGUGUUGAUUGGUGUUAGUUUUAGUGUUAAGAAUGUAAUAUGGAGCUGUUAAGCCCCAACAGUGUAUUUAUUUAUAGAAAUGACACCACUGGCGUUGCUUUGUACCAGCUUUCAGCACCGAACUUGAAAUCACCCAUUGUAAUGGAAUAAAGAACGGUAAUGACAUGUUUUAGUGUCAGAGAAAGAAUUUUUUUAAUGUUUCCCUUCCUAAUUGUCCACUUUAUAUUAUACAAAUGAUGCAUGCGUAUGAGUAUAUUAUGCGGUCUUUCCUCACUCGAGUUGAGGGUCUGCUCAGUCCAUUGCACGAAGCCAUUAGGCUGAUUUCAAUGGGUUGAACACAGCCUCAAUUCGAGUGGAUAGGUCGCAUAAUGGACGAAUGAAGACAUGCAUCGUUUGGUUUAUACAACAACUCUUCUAGAUUGUGUAAUUUGACAAAAUAGAAGAAAAAAAGCAAGAUGGAAUAAAAAUAUAUUUGCCGUUGCCUUUGAUUAUUUUUCCCCAUGUAUGAAAGCAAUUGCUUUCAUUCUUUUGUGACCCGCUUUGAUUCAUGUACUGGAUAUCUAAGUGCACAUGGCCGUUAAUAAUUAUUAUAAUUUUUUUUCCUUUCUAUAAUGUAAACAACUCACUCAACUACACAAGUGAAUGUUUUAGUUUUAACUCAUUGUGAGUCUUUUAUUUGUAUACUAUUAUUAUUUAAUUUUUAGAGAAUCGGGGACAUGAUUAUUUUCCUUUUUUGAAUGAACAUUACAAAAAAAAAAUUAUUCACAAUAUCUUUUAAAAUCAUAGACAGGAGAGAAAUGCCAUCUUUCAAUGAGUAUGGCCAAUUUCACCUUUUAACAAAUCAUUUUCAAUAGAGGUUUUCUAUUAAAUUCAAUAUACUUAAACCUUAUGUAAUUGCAGAAAGACAGUACACCAGAAUUAGAAAAGUAAAAUUACUGAUUCAGUUUAUAAUUCAAUUGCAAUACUUCAGGUCAUAGAUUCAGAUUUUGGAGCAAUUUAAGUUGACAAUGUCUCACAAAAUAAGUCAUAAUUUAGGAAGCGAGUACCCAGCCAUUGCAAAUUUAAUCUCAAAAUAUAGAGUAGAAAGUCAGCAAGUGAUGAAAAAUUGCACAAUGGAAUUGUCAUGGAAAAUGUUGAUAUAACCAUUUCCCAGCUUUAGGGGGACUGAAAUGGAUUUUUUUUCAUUUAUUUAAAACAAUUUCACCAACCUGUAAUCUUGAUUUUUUUUUAAUAGAGCUGUAUUUCACUUUUCACACUGUUAUAUUGUGUAAAUGUAAGAGCUUGUACAGUGUUUUACAGAGUUAUAUUUAUAUAUGUAUAUAGACCACUAGAAAGAACUAUAUGUUUGUGAACAGAACUAAAAAUACAACUUUUUU